UAUAUAUAACUAAAAUUAAAAUUAUAAUUCACAGCUCAAUUAAUAUGGAUGAAACCCCAAAAAAUUUAUGGGAGAAUACUGAUUUAAGUAAAUAUUUGUUCCAUGUUACUAUUCCUACUAUUGAUUCAACUAUUGAAUCAGAAAAUGUAGAUGAAAGAGUAGUUUAUAUAGGAGAUUUAGAAAAAAGAAAACAAGCAUAUGGAAUAUGUGGAGAAUGUAAAGAACCUGGCACAGGAAACAAAUGGUGUCAACCUUGUAAUGCUAAAAGAUUUAAAGAUAACUUUAAAAAUUGGACCAGUGAAAAUAAGGAUAUUGAUGAAUUUAUACAGCAAUCACAACUUAAUGCUGUACAUUAUAAUAAAUAUCUUGAAUGGAUACCUUUUGAAAAAUUUCAAAAUAUCACUUAUAUUGCAGAAGGUGGUUUUGGUAAGAUUUAUUCAGCUGAAUGGCCUGAAGGACAUAUUGAAUUCUGGGAUAUUAUAAAUCAAAAAUGGUAUAGAAAUAAUUUUGGUGAAUAUGCAUUAAAAAGUUUAAAUAAUAAUUCAUCUGAUGUAUGUUCAGAUUUUUUAAAUGAGAUUAAAUCUCAUCUUCAGAUUCAUCUUGUAGAUAUUGUUCAAUGUUUUGGAAUUACUCAAGAUCCAAAUAAUAAAGAGUAUAUGAUGGUUAUAGAAUAUUGUGAUGAUGGAAAUUUGAGAAAUUAUUUAAAUAGAUCUAAAAAUUAUAUAAAUUAUAAUUUAAAAAUUUAUCAAUUACAACAAAUUGCAAGAGGACUUUUAGAUAUUCAUAAUGCUGAAAAAGUUCACAAAGAUUUUCAUUCAGGUAAUAUAUUAAUAUCUAAAAGAUUUUCAUAUAUAAGUGAUUUAGGAAUGUGUCAACCAACAAAUAUAAAGCAAACAGUUAAAGAAGAAGGAAUUUAUGGAGUAUUACCAUAUAUGGCACCAGAAGUUUUACGUGGACAACAAUAUACAAAAGCAGCAGAUAUUUACUCAUUAGGAAUAAUAAUGAAUGAAUUUCUUUCUGAAGAAAUUCCUUUUAAUGAUAUUCCUCAUGAUGAAUUUUUAGCUAUUAAAAUAUGUAAAGGACUUAGACCAACAAUUUCUAAAGACAUACCAAAGUUACUUGCAGAUUUGAUAAUAAAAUGUUGGGAUCCUGAAAUAAAAAAUAGACCAAUUACUAAAGAAUUGUAUCAACUAUUAACAAGAUGGGAUGGGGAAAAAUAUAAUAGCGAAACUGAAAUUUAUUUUCAAAUAGAAGAAUGUGAUAAAAUUAGAAAAGAAAAAUUCAAAAACAGGUCAAGUGAAGAUAAACCCAAAAGCUUCAAAAUACAUCCACAAGCAAUUUAUACUAGUAGACUUUUAAAUUUCAAAAAUCUUUCAAAACCAGUAAAUUCUUUAGAUUUAUCAUCUUUUCAAUUCAGUUCAGACACUAGUUAUACUACUCAAUCAACAUCGGCAAAUCCAAUUUCAGAAUGCUUAGAUGUUCAAUUAAGUGAAUUAGAACUAAAUGAAAUUUGUCAAGACAAUGAAUAUAAUAUUGAAUGAAGUUUCUUUUAUGUGAAAGUUGAAGUCAAAUAGUUUAUGUAUUGAAUACAUAUAGAUUAUUGGAUUUUAUAUUUAAGAAUAUUCUAUAUAAAUAAGAU